AUGAAGAAGAGCUUCGUACUGGCGGCUGUCGCCGGCCUCGCAACGGCUUUGCCUUCCCCGGACUUCGGUGAUAUAGAACUGUUCAAUGUGACAGAGGGCGAGUUCGAGCACGGGGAUAUCCAAGCCAGGGCGCGUGGUCCGUGGAACGGUCCCGUAAUGGACAUCAGCUUCCCGGACCCGACGCUGCUCAUCGAAGGCAAAGUCUGGUACGCCUACGCGACGUCGGGUGGGAGUACCGGGCACAUUCCCCUAGCUACUUCUAACGACGGCAAUAAGUGGACGUGGACAAAGAAGGAUGCAUUGCCGGAUGUUGGCUCUUGGAUCGACCCCAGUAAUAGGGGUAUCUGGGCCCCGAGUGUCUUCAAGAACGAUAAAGGCAAAUAUGUCAUGUACUUCUCCGGUAAGCGCAAUGGUGCCCGCCGUUGUGUCGGUGUCGCCACCGCGGAUUCCCCUGCAGGUCCUUUCAAUGUUACAGACAAGCCAUUUAUCUGUGACGAUGCCGGAGGUGGUAUUAUCGACCCAGUUCAAUUCGACGAUGGCAACAAUCGCUGGAUCAUUUUCAAGGUCGACGGAAACGCGCUUGGGGGUAAGACUACCUGCACGGGCGGCCCCAAAACGGGCGAUUACAAGCCGACUCCAAUCAGGAUACAAAGGGUGUCUCGAGAUGGCUUGACUCUUCAGGGAAACCCUAAGACAAUUCUAAACCAUAAUGGGGACGCGGACGAUGGCCUCAUUGAGGGGCCUGCCAUGUGGAAGCGCAGGCCCGGCUCAUAUGUUCUAUUCUUUAGUACGCACUGUUAUAACAGCGACAAAUACGAUAUCCAGUAUGCUUGGGCAACUUCUCCUGAUGGAGAUUUUGCUCACCGUAAGACCCUUGCCAAGUCAGGCCCCAACCAACCUAUCUACGGACCUGGCCAUAUGGAUAUCGCCUCGGACGGAACUACCAUCGCUUUCCACGGUCGCGACAAGCCCGGUAAUCCGAAGGAUACGAAGCGCCGAAUGUAUAUCGGUAAAAUCAAAUUCCCCGAAGGGGAUUAUAGCGAGGGCAUAAAGGUCAUCAACUACCAAGGUUGA